UGUGAGCGGGGUGCACCGGGGAGGGCCGCCGCGCGCGCGCAGCACCGACAGCGUGACAGUGCCAUGACGUGAAUGCGCGAGUGCCGUACUGGGUGGACACUGCGCGUCCAUCCUGACUGAGACAGCUGCCUCGAACGAGCGCGCGCGAGAGAGAGCGAGUGUCUGUGUGUGCCAAUACCGUGCCAUCCGCGCCGCGCCGCGGGACCAUGGAGCUAGUGCAAAUGCGGCCGCUGUGGCUGCUGCUGGCACUGCUGCUGCAGUGUUUGACUUCGAACGCGCAGGGUCCCGGUGACCGUGGGGGACCGAUCCGGUCGCGGGCGGUGCGUGAGGAAUACGAACCAGGUGGGCCGUCGCGCGCCAUCACAACUCGGGUCGAACUUGAGAUCGAGGAGGGCCAGCCUCCGGACACACUGGUGGGCACGAUCCCGAUCCGGCCCAACUUCAAGUACCGCUUCAACGAGGAGCCGCGCGAGUUUCGGCUAAACGCCACCACGGGCGAGAUCCGUACCGUCGGCGAUCUGGACCGCGAGUCGCUCCGCUCGGAGAAGUUCGACCUGGUGAUCCUGUCGUCUCAGCCCACCUACCCGAUCGAGGUGCGCAUCGUGGUGCUGGACGUGAACGACAACGCGCCGGUGUUCCCGGAGCCAUCGAUCGCCAUCAGCUUCUCCGAGUCUGUCAGCACCGGCACUAGGGUCAUCCUGGACACGGCCUCCGACGGAGACGCCGGCGAGAACGACGUCACCACGAACUACAAGAUCAUCGGCGGCAACGAGGACGACAACUUCAAACUGGUGGUGACGACGAACCCCAGCGGAGAGACGCCCUAUCUCCACAUGGAGACCAAGGGUCAGCUGGACCGCGAGUUCAAGUCGUUCUACCAGCUCAACAUCUCGGCCGAGGAUGGCGGCAACCCGAAGCUGUUCGGCUACCUGCUGGUCAACAUCACGAUCCUUGACGUGAACGACAACCCGCCGAUCUUCGACCACAGCGACUACACGGUCAGUCUGAACGAGUCGGUGCCGCCCGGCAGUCCGGUGCUGCAGGUGAUGGCCAGCGACGCCGAUGAUGGCGACAACGCACGCAUCACCUAUUUCUUGCCGGACGACCAAACUCAGUUCGAGGUCGAUCGGGAGACGGGCGUCAUCUCCACACUGGACACGCUGUCCUGUGAGCAGAAGUGUCCCGGCCCGGUCAACUGCAGCAAGUCGUGUGUGUUCACGGUGUUUGCUCGCGAUCACGGCUCUCCGCAGCAGAACGGUCGUACCUACGUCACUGUGAACCUGCUGGACGCCAACGAUCAUGACCCGAUCGUCAAGUUCCGCUACUUCCCGGCCACGGCCGAGCACGCCACUGUCGAUGAGAACGCCCAGAACGGCACCGUCGUGGCGGCCGUGUCGGUCGUGGACAUGGAUGAAGGCGUCAACAGCGAGACCUAUAUCGAGAUCACUGAUGGCAACCAGCUGGGACACUUCCGACUGGAGAAGUCACAGAGCUUCGACAUAGUGCGCGUGAAUGGUGUGCUAGAUCGCGAGAAGCUCAACAAAUACAACCUGACGAUCGUGGCGACGGACCGUGGCUCACCACCGCGCAGCUCCACUGCCUUCCUCAUCAUCCAGGUGAACGACAUCAAUGACCACGCACCUGCCUUCGAGAAAUCGGAGUACUCAGCAGUGCUGAGUGAAACGGUACCCGUAGGGACGUAUGUCGCCGGCAUUACAGCCACAGAUGAAGAUACGGGCAUAAACUCCAACAUAUACUACGCUAUCGUGUCCGGCGACGACUCGCAGUGGUUCAACAUCGACGUCAACACGGGCUUGAUCACGACACGAACCGAGCUGGAUCGUGAGCUAAAAGACACGGUGCUGCUCAACAUCACAGCCAGGGAUGGUGGACCAAACCCAAAGAAGGCGGCCACUCAACUCAAGGUUAACAUUCUAGACGAGAAUGACGAGCGGCCGACAUUCCGAGAGCCUGUGGUGAACAUCAGUCUGUCUGAGAACACCCAGCCGCGCACACUGGUCGCCAUCGUCGAGGCGGUGGACAACGACCAGGGCACCAACGGCACCGUCACCUACCACUUCCACGACGAUGUUGAGGAAGACUACCCGGGAACAUUCGCGCUCGGGCCUUCCUCGGGUCGCGUCACGACCAAGACAAAGCUGGACCGCGAGGCAAUGCCCAACUGCGUGAUCAAGGUGAUCGCACGGGACCAGGGCAUUCCUCCCGUCUCCUCCACCGCCACCAUCAACCUCGAACUGCAGGACGUGAAUGACAACUCGCCCGAGAUCUAUCCUCAGCGCUACUUUGUGACGGUGCCGGAGGAUAUGGAGAAGGGAAGCCCGGUGGUCAAGGUCACGGCCAGCGAUAAGGAUGAGGGCGAAAACGCCAUCAUAAGCUACGAGAUCACUGAAGGCGAUGAGAACACGUUCGAGAUCGAGAGGGCGACCGGUGUGGUGCGUCUGAAGGGCAAACUGAGCAGAAGUGCCAAGUCGAGCUACCAGCUCAAGGUGUCUGCGGCUGACAUGGGCGGUCGUCGUGCCCAGGAAGACGCCGUGGUCGACAUCGUGCUCGAGAGUGACCAGCUGCGUGACCUCGAGUUCGAGAAGACCGGUGGCUACCGCUUCUCGGUCGAAGAAGAUCCUGGGAAGAAGACGCCAGACACUGGCCGGGUGGUUGGCAAGGUGAGCGUCUCAAACGCACCCGAAGGCGCAGAAGUUGCUUACGCCAUCGUCUCUGGCGACAGGGACGGCAUCUUCUCGAUGGACGCGAAGUCAGGUGAGAUCAAGACGGCGCGGCGUAUCGACCGCGAGGAGACAGCCACUUACAAUCUAAAGGUGGUGGCCACCUCCAGCGGCUCAUACGGCUCCACAGUCGUCAAUAUCGAUGUUGAUGAUGUCAAUGACAGUCCACCGCGCUUCAAGAAGACCCGCACUGUGGCACAUGUCGAGGAACGGCGUCCGAUCGGACACGAAGUCUUCCUGUCUCGUGCCGAAGACAACGACGCAGGUGACAACAGCAAGAUCACGUACUCGCUGUCCAAGAACCCAGGCGGCUUCUUCAAGAUCGACUCGGAGACUGGUAUGAUCUACCUGACGAAGAAGCUGGAGCUGGUGAAGCAGCGUCAGUUUGACCUGGAAGUGACGGCGGUGGACGGCGGCACUCCGCCGCUGAACGCCCGUCAGAAAAUCGCUAUGAUCAUCGAUGACGUUAACGAUCAUACACCCGUGUUCGGUCAUCCGUCCUAUGAGGUCUCGCUUCUCGAGUCGACGGCCGUCAACGACCGCUUCUUCUCACUCACGGCCUCGGACGCCGAUGAAGGAAAGAACGGCUUCAUCUCGUAUGAGAUCACCCAUGGAAACGAACAAGAAAAGUUCGGAAUAUUCCCUGAUGGCUUCCUCUACAUCAAGAGCGCACUGGACAGAGAGGAGUGGGACUACUACGCCAUCACGGUGGUGGCCACUGACCACGGUGAUCCUCCACGAAGCUCGACCACCUCAGUCGUCAUCCAUGUCAUUGAUGUCAACGAUCACUCGCCAGUUUUCGCCAAUAAGACAUUCAACUUCUACGUGGCCGAGAAUGAGCCGCCAGACUCGUACGUCGGCAAGCUGCUGGCCGCCGACGAAGACAAGGGUCGGAACGCAGAGCUGACGUUCGCGCUGGCUUCGGACGCCACCGACUUCACGGUCGAUCCAAAGAGUGGCUUCAUCAAGACACUGCACUACUUCGACCGUGAGGCUCUAGUCAUUGAGACAGGUCGUGAUUACAUCACUCUGGAGGCAGUGGUGCGAGACAACGGCGCUUCGCCUCGCAACGACACGGCCGAGGUCAACAUUCACAUCGUCGAUACCAACGACAACGCGCCCGUGUUCACGCGGCUGCCGCAGUCCACCCAGGUCAGCGAGCUCGCCUCCAUCGGCACGCUCGUGGCACGGAUCUCGGCCACUGAUGCUGACGCCGCGCUCAACGGUGACGUGGUGUACGCCCUGGUGGACGGCAACGAGGAAAGCAAGUUCCGGGUGGACGCCAGUACGGGUCAGCUGCUGGUGGCCGGCCUGCUGGACCGCGAGGCGCAGGACCGUUACGUGCUGACGGUGGCCGCCAGUGACGCUGCCGCCGAGGAUUCGCUCACAUCCACUGCUACAGUGCGUGUUGAUGUGCUUGAUGAGAACGACAACCAGCCUGAGUUCACACAAACCGAGGCGUCCAUCUCAAUCCCCGAGACGACCGAGAUCGGCACGGAGCUGAUGCAGUUCCAGGCUACCGAUCCUGACCUCGGCAUCAACCAGGAGGUCAGCUUUGGCAUCGCCAGCGGCGCUGGUCAGGGCACAUUCCGGAUCGAUACUCACACCGGCACUCUGUUCCUCGACAAGGCGCUCGACUUCGAGCGUCAGAGUGUCUACAACAUGAAUAUCACGGCGAGUGACGCGGGUAAGCCUCGGCUAACCGCCACCAUCACAUUCUCCAUCUUCGUCCGGGACGUGAAUGACAACCCACCUAGCUUCCCGAUCACGGCCAUCGUCAACCAGAUCCCUGAGGGCAUCGAGCCAGGCACAGAGAUCGUCACUGUGAAGGCGUCUGAUGCCGACUCUGGUGACAACGGACGCGUCGAGUACAGCAUCGCGCGUCAAGAGCCGCGUGGUGACCACUUUGGUAUCCGUCCGGACAAGGGUGUCAUCUACGUCAAGGGUCCGAUCGACCGGGAAGUGGCCGACACGUACCGUCUGACCAUCCUGGCCACGGAUCUGGCGCAGCCGCCCGAGAAGCGCCUGAGCGCCGAGAAGCUGGCCACGGUGAUUGUGGAUGAUAUCAACGACAGCGCGCCCGAGUUUGUCUCGAUGAGCGCCGCCAUUCUGCCGGAAAACUCGCGACGGGGCUAUGUGGUGACGACGGUGCGCGCUGAGGACCCAGAUGCAAGCACUAACGGACGCGUCACCUACGAGCUGGCCGACGGCGACCGCUCGCUGUUCCAGCUGGACCGACUGAAUGGUGACCUGGUGCUGACCCGUGACCUGGCUGUCCCGGCGGCCACCUACCAGGUCACUGUGACCGCCACCGACGAGGCGGCUCAGUCUCAGCGGCGCGCCACCGACACCGUCAUCACCAUCCUCGGCCGCACGGCCACGCCUGGCCCUGUGUUCGGCGAGAAGCAGUAUCGCGCCAGCGUGCUGGAGAACCAACCGGUGGGCACCAGCGUGCUGACCGUGUCAGCCACCUUCCCGACGAGCUCCCUGAGUGACAUCGAGUACUACGUCACUAACGUGACGGCGCGCGGACGGCCCACCAGUCGCGCGUUCGCUGUCGACACCCGCCGCGGCGUACUCUCCACCGCCGAGGUGCUCGACCGCGAGUCGGGUCUCGACCAGUACGAGGUCGAGGUCACGGCCAUCCUGGCGCACGGCGUUACACCGCAGGUCACCAGUGUCAAGGUGGUAAUCACCGUGCAGGACAAGAACGACUCACCGCCCGUGUUUACCUCUCCCCGGCGCGGCCUGGCUGUCACCGAAGACCUGCCGCCGGGCAGCGAGGUGGUCCGCUUCACCGCCUCUGACGCCGACACUCUGGGCCGCGUGCGGUUCAGCCUGGUGCACGGAGACGCCGAGACGUUCCGUCUGCAGCCCGAGACGGGUGCGCUGGUGCUGCUGAAGGCGCUCGAUCGCGAGACGCGUGACGAGUACUCGCUGACUGUGCGUGCAAGCGAUGGUGAACAGGACACCGACCAGACGUUUGAGCUGCAGGUGAAAGACACGAACGACAACGCACCGCUGUUCACCGAGAGCGCGUACAGUUUCGACGUGCCGGAGGACGCGGCUCGCGGCGCGCGUGUUGGAACCGUCACGGCACGUGAUUCCGACCUGGACCUGAACGGACGCGUCACCUACACGGUCAUCUCCGACUGGGACAACGACGUCUUCUCCCUGGACACCACCACUGGCGUCUUCACGCUGACGUCCAUGUUGGACUAUGAACAGACGCAGCACUACAUCUUCACGGUGCAGGCCCAGGACCGCGGCCGGCCCAGUCUCUCCUCCACCGUCACCGUCUACAUCAACGUCCUGGACCUGAACGACAAUGAGCCGCUGUUCGACCCGCAGUCGUACCACGACCGGGUCAGCGAGGCCGUCCCGCCCGGCACACCGGUCCUUCACGUCAGUGCCACUGACCAGGACUCGGGCAAACGCGGUCAGCUGCGUUACAGUAUCGCCGGAGGGGAUCCAGCGGGUCAAUUCCGUAUCUCGUCGAAUGGUACCAUCUUUACGGCGCUGCCGUUGGAUCGUGAGGAGCGUGCUUCGUAUCAGCUGCUGGUUCUGGCGGAGGAUAUGGCUGAGCCGAAGGAGAAGAGGCUGUCGUCAUCGGCGCAGGUCUCGAUCGUGGUUGAAGACGUGAACGACGUGGAACCGCAGUUCGUCUCCCCGAACGAGACCUCAGUCGCCGAGAACGUCCCCAUCAACACCGUCGUCAUGGCCGUCAAGGCACUCGAUACUGACGAGGGCCGCAAUAGCUACGUGGAGUACGCACUGGCGGACCCGUCAGCCGGUCCGUUCACUCUGGGAGAGAUCGACGGCCUGCUGCGCGUGGCCGGCCCGCUGGACCGCGAGGUGCGGGCCAACUACACCCUUCUGGUGACGGCUCGGGACCGCGGUCAGCCGCCCAACACGGCCCAGAUGAGACUACUGCUGCGAGUCGAUGAUGAGAACGACAACGCGCCCAUCUUUGCGCCGGACCAGUACAGCGCUAGUGUGCCGGAGAACACGACUAUUGGUACCGAGGUGACGAGGUGCUCCGCUACUGAUGCGGACGCUGGUCUGAACGGCCGCGUACGCUACAGCAUCAUCGAGGGCGACCCGAACCACGACUUCGCCAUCGGUCAGGAUACCGGCAUCGUGCGAGUCGCCAAGGAGCUCAACUUCGAGCGCAAGAGCAUGUACUUCCUGACGAUCCAGGCGGACGACUCUGCGGGUACCGGUGUGCGUUAUGACACUGCUACGGCCACCGUCAGUGUCACAGACAUCAAUGACAAUGCUCCGGUGUUCCGUGACGCGCCUUACUUGGUAUUCAUCAUGGAAAACGUCGAGGAACUGCCUGCGCCACUGACGACGGUCGUCGCUCACGACGCUGACGAAGCGCCCUACAACGCCAUCACGUACAGCAUCAAGGAGGGCAACCGGGCCAUCUUCCAGAUCGACCCGAGGAGUGGCGAGCUGAGUGUUCACGCGGCGCUCGAUCGCGAGGCGCGGGCAGAGUACCGACUCGUCGUGGCCGCUACGGAUAGUGGUAACCCACGUCUUACUGGUACCGGCAUCGUGCACGUGCUCGUGCAGGACCAGAACGACCACGCGCCGGUGUUCGACGCUCUCGACUAUGUCGUCACCGUCGACGAGUCGAUCCCGGCCGAGAGUGACGUCAUCAAAGUGACGGCCAGCGAUGAGGAUGACGGCGUCAACGCUCUUCUGAGGUACUCCCUGGUGGGCGACCCAUCUCUGCCGUUCACCGUCGACCCCGUGUCGGGCCGUGUGCGCACGCGCUCGCCGCUCGACCGGGAACGCCAGCAGGCCUACACACUCACCGUGCUGGUGUCAGACAGCAGUCUGACCCAGCCGCGCUCAGCAGCCACCAACGUCACCGUCCUGCUGCGGGACGUGAACGACUCACCGCCGCAGUUUUCCGCCUCAGAGUACACCGUGCGCGUGCCGGACGGAGCGCCCGCAGGUUCGUUCGUGUUCAGUGCCAACGCCGUGGACGCCGACGAAGGUGCCAACAGCCGGCUGGUUUACUUCUUGUCCGGCACAGACGCGGACCGGUUCAACAUGGAGCAGGACACGGGCGUGAUCCGCACAGCGGCCCCGCUCGCCGGGCUGGACCGCACCUUCCACGUGCGCGUGGAGGCGACGGACGGCGGCCGACCGCCGCUCACCUCUUCAGCUGAUCUUCACAUCCAGAUCAAGGCGGCCGGGCAGUUCCCCCGCUUCGAGGCGAUGCCCGGCUCGUUCCAGUUCAGCGAGGAGGCCCGGGGAGCUGAGGUGGUCACUGUGCGUGCUCGCUCGCCCAAGCCGCGGCCGGGCGGCGCGAUUCGCUACCGCAUUGCCGGUGGAAACGUGGGAGACGCCUUCGACAUGGACCCGGAGAGCGGCGUGCUGCGUAUCAGCCGACUCGGUCUCGACUACGAGCGCGCACCGCAGUACCGUCUCUGGUUGGAGGCGAGCGACUCGGACCGACCACCCCUGACCACAGUGGCUGCGCUACUCGUCAACGUGACCGACUCAAACGACAACGCGCCGCUGUUCUCUCGCUCCGUCUACACAGCCAGUGUGCUGGAGGAGCAGUAUCCUCCGACUCUGGUUCUCAAGGUGGCUGCCACGGAUGCUGACACAGCGGACAAUGCUAAGAUCAUCUACCGACUAAGAGAGGAUGGCUUGGUGGAGAACAUCUUCACACUGGACGCCGACUCGGGAGAGAUCCUGACCAAGGAGAAGUUGGACCGGGAGUCAGUGGACAGCUACACCCUGACUGUUGAGGCGAUCGAUCAGGGUAGUCCCCAGCAGACCGGCACUGCGAUGGUCUCCAUUGAUGUGCGUGACAAGAACGACAAUCCGCCUCGCUUCACGCGUCUCUUCAGCGUCAAUGUCACUGAGAACGCCGAGAUCGGUUCGUUCGUCAUCCAAGUGACCUCUUCGGAUCGUGACAUCGGAGAGAAUGCCAACGCCACGUACAGCUUCACCGAGAACCCUGGUCAGAAGUUCGCCAUUGACCCAGUCAGCGGUAAUGUCACCGUCGAGGGAACCGUGGAUCGUGAGGAGCGAGAGGAAUACGUGCUCAAGGUGUCGGCCGUGGACGGAUCGUGGCGUGCAGAGACGCCGCUCACCAUCACCAUCCAGGAUGAAAACGAUAACGCACCACGGUUCGAGAAGUUGCAGUAUGUGUUCAACUUACCAGAAACGGAGGCGAGUGAGACUUUUGUCGGCCAGAUCGAAGCAGAGGAUGCAGACAAGGCCGGACCGAACGCCGUGGUGACGUACUCGCUCAAGCAGCCAUCUGACUUCUUCAGCGUCGACCCGAGUAGUGGUCAGCUGUACUCGAAGCAGGCACUGAAAUACAAGAAAUCGAGUCGGAUGGCGUCGCCAGAGAACCAGUACGUGAUUGAGAUCAUCGCGAUGGACCACGGCAAGCCGCCCAUGUCAUCCUCCUGCACGGUCACGGUGAACAUCGUGGACGCUAACAACCAUGCUCCCGUCUUCCGUGACGGCGUCACCUUCAGCGCCGUACCGGAGUCCUCUCAGCGGGGUGACCGCAUCCUGCAGGUGUCGGCCGAAGACGCGCAGGACUCUGGCAUCAACGCGCUGGUCCGCUACUCCGUCCUGCCCAGUAACGGCUCAGACUUCUUCGCGGUUGAUGCCGAGACUGGGUGGGUGACGGUGGUGUCUCCUCCGAUCAACAGGACGGGGGUGUACUACCAACUGCGUGUGGCGGCUACUGAUCAGGGAGUACCGGCUCAGCGAGACACGACUGAACUAACCCUGGUCAUCACCGGGGAGAAUCUGCACGACCCGGCCGUGAUGCAGCUCAGCCAGCACGUCAUUGUACCCGAGGAGGACUCAGUUGCCACCACGAUCACCACGGUGCGCGCUUCAGACGAUGACAGCGGGCCCAACGGCGAGGUGCGCUUCAGUCUGUCCAGCGACAGCGAUGACGGUCUGUUCACGGUUGAUCCGAGGACAGGUGUGGUAGCCAACGCUCGGCCGCUCGACUUUGAGACGCAGGGCAAGUACAACCUGACGAUCGUGGUGAGCGACUUGGGCUUCGUCCCGCGUACUGCCACGGCGGUUCUACAUGUCACGCUAACCGACAUCAAUGACAACCCGCCUGUCUUCAACCAGAGUCUGUACGAAGCAGCCGUCUCGGAAAACUCCCCCGUCGGCUCCACCGUCAUCAAGCUGACUGCCACGGACAAGGACUCUGCCCGAAAUGCCGUCAUUCGCUACAGCAUCAUCGGUGGUGACGGCAGGGAGCUGUUUGACAUCGAUUCCGACACGGGUCUGGUCCGGACGAAGCGCGUGUUUGACUAUGAGAAGCGUCAGUUCUACACCUUGGACGUACUCGCAGAAAACCCGGACACAAACCCGGCACAGCGCGGGCAGACCAAGGUUCGCGUGGCCAUCACAGGGGUCAACGAGUUCUUCCCCAAGUUCGUGGAGCGCGUGUUCCGUUUCACGGUGUCUGAGUCGGCGCCGGUGGGAACCAGCGUCGGGAAGCUGCAGGCUACUGAUGACGAUGAUGGUGUCGACGGGCAAGUCACCUUCCUGUUGGUGGGAAGUAGCAACGACCGCGGCUUCAAGGUGGACCGGGAGACUGGUGUCAUCCGCGUGGCUCGGAGGCUCGACCGUGAGUCUCGCAACCGUGUGGUGCUGACGGCGCUCGCCAAAAACGCCGGAGGUAUCCGCGGCAAUGACACGGACGAAGCCCAAGUGAGCAUCACCAUUCAGGACGGAAACGACCCGCCACAGUUCACCCGAGCAGUCUACACGGUCUCCAUCUCUGAAGGAGCUGCCGUCGGCGCUGGAGUGAUCGCUGUCCAGGCCACUGACAAGGAUGAACAGCAGCAAAACAACCAGUUCACCUACAGCAUCCUGGACGGCAACGAGGGUGACGUGUUCAAGGUGCACCAACAGAGCGGACAGAUUGAGACGACCAAGAAACUCGACCGUGAACGGGUGGCUAUCUACAACCUGACCCUUGGCGCGAUCGACAACGGCAGUCCGCCUCAGACGGGCACAGCCGCCGUGCUUGUCUCCAUCACUGAUGUGAAUGACAACGGCCCGACGUUCGAUACCGUCCCCGUGGUGGGUUAUGUGUCUGAGAACGAACCGGCGGGGACGGUGGUGAUGACGCUCAGUGCCACCGAUCCGGACCUGCCGCCCAACGGAGCGCCGUUCAGCUACUACCUAGUCGGUGGUGAGAACCAAGACGCCUUCAAGGUGGACGCCCAGUCCGGCACGGUCCGCACGGCGAGGGCCUUUGAUCGUGAGCGCACGUCGCGGCUGAGUUUCACGGUCGAGGUGCUGGACAGCGGCCGGCCCAAGAUGAAGGAUCAGUUCCCGGUGCUGGUCGUGGUGACUGACAGUAACGACAGCCCGUCGUCACCCCGUACCGUCCAGGUGCUGGUGUUCUCGAUGGGAGGCCGGUUCCCGGGCGGUGCCGUGGCUGACGUGCACCCGAACGACGCCGACACCUCCGGCCAGUACCACUGCCAGCUGCUGUCCGGCGGCGGUAGUCAGUUCAGUAUUGACAGCGGCUGCCAGCUCACCUCCGCCGCUGUCGUCGGACCGCAGUCUCACACACUAACCACGUCCGGACAUGACGGUCUGCACGACCCAGUCACAUCCACCGUCACGCUACAGUUCGCUGCGUUUGACAACGCGACGCUGGACAGUGCGGUGAUUCUGCGGCUUCUCAACACCUCAGCUGCCGACUUCCUGGCCGAACUGUACACCCCUCUGCUGCGUACUGUCGGUGAGCUGUUUGACGCGCGGGACGCGGCCACCAUCUACUCAGUGACGCAGACGGAUGAUCACGUUGACCUUCUGUUCGCCGUGGCUACCCGCGCCGGCUACCGACCCCGCACCGACGUCAUCCAGCAGUUGAAGGACGGGCGCGUGCGCAUCCAGCGACUCCUGCAGAGCGUCAGCUUUGUCAUCAACUACGACCCCUGCCCGGCGUCUCCGUGUCAGAACGGCGGACGAUGCCGAUCAGGCAUCCAUGUCUCUUCAGAGAUGCAGAUCACAGACAGUCCCAGUCUCAUCUUCACCAGUCCGCUGGUGCGUAACCUGUUCACCUGCCAAUGUCAGACCGGAUUCACUGGACCGGCCUGUCAGCACCGACAGGACCCGUGCAGUCCGAACCCGUGUCAGUACGGCGGGGUCUGCGCCAAGAACGGCUACCAGUUCACGUGUACGUGCCCGAGAAACCGCGGCGGCGCCACAUGUGAGCUAGAUCGGACCAGCGCGUGCGACAACGACCCAUGUCAGAACGGCGGCGCCUGUCGGGCGACCCUGGACGGCGGAUUUUUCUGUCUGUGCCGGCCGGGUUACCGCGGCGCCACGUGUCAGCUGGCCAGUGACUCGUGCAGGCCCAACCCGUGCCUCAACGGCGGCACGUGUGUCAGCGAGGCGCCCGGCUACACGUGCUCCUGCCCGCCAAACUUCUACGGGCAGCACUGCGACCGCUCGAGCUGGGGCUUCGAGCCUCUCGGCUAUAUGGCCUUCCCCUCUUUGGAUGCGAGCACCAACGACAUCUCGGUGACGUUCGCCACCAACAAGCCCGACGGCCUUCUCGUGUACAACUACGGCGUGCAGACGGGCGGCCGCUCCGACUUCGUGGCUCUACAGCUCAUCGGAGGCCGGCCGCAGCUGGCCUACGGCGGUACGCGCACGGCCGUCACGCGCGUCACGCUGUCACGUCACGUGACGGACUCGUCGUGGUACCGUCUGACAGCCACCCGUAACGGCCGCGUGGUGUCACUGAGCGUGGUCACGUGCAAUGAGAACGGCGACACGUGUGCAGAGUGCAGCCCCGGAUCGAGCGGCUGCGAGUACGCCACCGACGAGGGCACCGUCGGAACGCUCAACUUCAACGACGAGCCCCUGUACGUGGGCGGCGUGCGCACCAUCGACCCGAUCCAGGAGCGGCCCGGCCAGGUCAGCUCGGACGACUUUGUCGGCUGCAUUCAGUCCGUCUUCGUCAACGGUCGGCAGCUGAACAUGUCGGCGCCGCUGCAGGCCAGAGGCAUCUCGGACAAGUGCCAGCGCGUGCAGAACGCCUGCAGGGACAACCCGUGCGGUGCUGGAGCCACCUGUCUGGACCGCUGGAGUCGGCACAUGUGUCUGUGUCCGGACGGAGUGAUGGCCCCCGACUGUGAGGCCGCGCUCGAGCCGAGCUCGUUCCAGGGAGGACGCGUGGAUCUGAGGGUAACCGCCAGCCACCGUCGCCGCCAGCUGGUGCCGCAUCUGUUCAAGGGAGCAGACGCCUGGCGUCGGCGCCGGCGAGACAUCGACGGACGGCCCGACAAACGUCUCAGCAUGAGAAUCCGGACCGUGGACACGGACGGAGUCAUCCUGUACGCCGCCACCAACAACGACUUCACUCUACUCCAACUCAAAGAAUCACAACUGCAGUACUCGUCUCGAGUGGGCGCCAGCGCGCUCAUCAACAUGACUGUCACCCAGGCCGACCUGACCGACGGAGGCUGGCACAACCUCACCCUGGCCAUCGUGGACAAUACGCUGCACGUGCUGAUGGACGACGUCCAGGUGGGCGACGCGCUGUUCGCCACCUCGGUACACGACUUCCUGGACGCCUAUCUGACGCAGAUGUCGCUGGGAGGCGCCGCCGAGCUGCCCAAGUCGGUCGGCAAAGUGGACGAGUUCCACGGCUGCAUCUCCACUCUGGCCAUCAACGGCGAGGUGCAGCCCCUGAACGGCACCGGAGACCUGCUGGAGGCGCGGCCGGUCGGGCGCGUCUCCGAGGGCUGCCACGGCGCGCUGCCGUCCACCGACCCGCUCUCCAUCGGCAUCACACUGGUCAUCGUGUUCUUCGUCAUCCUCUUCGUGGCCAUCGCCGUAUCGUUCGUCGUGUUCAGACUGAGGCGGCACAAGAGCGAGAAGACGCCGUCGCACGCGAAACUCGGCGGCUCGGGCGCGCUCAGUCCGAGUACGGCUGACUCGGGUCGGAGUCACCACGACUCUGGUUUUGCCGAGACGGGUGAGCUGACGGAUGAGGUACUGCGGGGUCAUAUGGCUGGAGAGAUGGGCCGCAAGUACCCGCCGCAGCGGCCCGACAUCAUCGAACGCCAGGUGGUGAAUCGGUCGCCGGCCGGGCCUCAGAUGUCUCAUAUCGACUCUGUAAGCCAGCAGGGCGUGCCCGACUCGGUAUCUGAGGUGCCCGAACACUAUGACCUCGAGAACGCCAGCUCCAUCGCUCCGUCGGACAUCGACGUCGUCUACCACUACAAGGGCUUCAGAGACGGCAACGUACGCCGCUACAAGACCAACCCGCACCUGGGACAGUACCACAAACAUAACCACCGACACAGUCCUCACAGUUUCGUGAGCACGCCGCACCGCGAGAGCCCCCGCAGCAUGGUGCGGCAGUCGCCUAACCCGAUGGCGCCGAGGGAAUCUCCCGGCGCUAUGAAGAUGCAGAGUACGCCGCUGGCGCGACUCAGUCCGAGCUCGGAGCUGAGUCAGCAGGCGCCGCGGAUCCUCACACUGCAGGAUAUCAGCGGGAAACCGCUGCCGGCAGCGCUGCUCUCGGCUGCCGCUGUGAACAGCGAGCGCAGCCUCAACUCGCCGGUCAGUCACCUGAGCCGCAGCUCAGAGUCGGUGCAUACAUCAUCACAGAGCACCAAGAAGAAAAAGGCUGAGGGUGGCGGCGGCGGAGGAGGCGGGGGCGGCGGGGGUGAGCUGCCGCUGCCGGGACGCCUGCACGGCCGGCCGCCGCGCAACAACUCGAGCCUGGUGAACACGGUGGACGCCGUCAGCUCCGGCUCAGAGGGCCGCAAGAAGCGCGGCGGCCGGGAGCCCGGCGGCGGCCCCAUCAUGGAGCGCGGCAGCUCCAGCUCGGAUGAGAGCGGUAACGACUCGUUCACCUGCUCAGAGUUCGAGUACGAGAACCAGUACGACAAGGUAGCGCGCGACUUCGGUCCGCAGAACAUGAUCUUCUCGAAGCUAGCCGAGGUCGAUAACGAAAACGACCACGAGAACAGCUCGGGCGGCAACAAGUACGACGGUCUCGACUCGUUCCGCGGCUCUCUUAGCACGCUGGUCGCGUCCGACGACGACAUCUCAAACAUCCACUCGUACAAGCCGGCCAACGGCUCCAGUCUCGGCUGGGACUACCUGCUCAACUGGGGGCCCAACUUCGAGAGCCUCGUGGGCGUGUUCAAAGACAUUGCCGAGCUGCCGGACUCGACGGGCGGCGGCCAGAGCGCGCGCGCCACGCCCGUGUCACGGAAUCAGGGCGGCACGCCCAAGCCCAACGAGGAAUACGUGUGAGAUCGGCCGGUGCGUCGGCCGUGUGAUAUUAGUGUUUUCUAUUUCGUGCCAAGCAAGUCAGGGUGCCGCGCGUCAGACGGAGCUUACCGGCCUCUCCGCCGGUGACGUCACACUGCCGCUAACGCUCCGGUGACGUCAUACACACUCGCGCGCGCGCUCGCCUCGGUGACGUCACGCGGCGCCACUGUUCUCAGCGACACGUGUGUGAAGAAAUGGUGACCAUGAAUUGCUGCCAGCGCGCCGCCGUGGCGGCUGGCCCAGACAAUCAUGCCUAGAUGAUGACUUGUUGACUUGUUUGUUGUACAAAUGUGUACCGUUUGCCCGAUGUGCCUUGAUGAGCGUCAGUGAGUGUCGAAUUUGUAUCAUACUAGGAGAGUAUCGAGUGUCCCGUGCCAAACCCGCAGACGCCCCAUCAUUCAAUACAGCCAUUAAUCGAUGUGAGAAA